CCCCCUCUGCAAUGCUGCCACACCGGCAGCUCCAACAUCGCAACACCUGUAAAUCUUAAAUUCAGGCUUGAUUUUCCUUUUUUCAAUCUUCGAGAAGUUUAACCUUUGGAUUACACCGGCCAGGAAACAAGACAGAGAUCACCAAGUGGAAAUGGAAUAAUUGAAUAACUUGGACACUUUUUACACAUAAACAGAUGCUGAUUGGAUUGUAUACUGAAGCUGUGAUUUUCCAUUCACUUCUGCAUGAGGAGGCGUUGCCCUCAAUUUAAAGGAUUAUAGCUGAAAUUGUCUGCAUAUCAUCAUGGCUCAAGGCGCCUCGAAUGGAGCCGCUGCAGCUCAGAGGCCCAGAGGGCUCGGGAUCCUCGGGAAGCUCAAAGUGUCGGCGGAGCUGCUCAUCGCCCUGGCGGCCCUCCUGUCCUGGGGGGUGGUGGGAGUGGUGAUGUUUGACUUUGUGGAGUACAAGGCAGUCCCUGACAUUCAACAAAUCGUGUCGGACCCUGUGCAAGCUGUAAACGACGCUGUUGACGAAGUAACCAGUCUGUUCAAUAAGUUUCAAGAAUGUGCACCUGAUUUCAGUGACCCCACUUCCGCUGCCACCUACGCAGCUGAGGAGAUAUCGGAAGCAAAAGAUGGAUUUGUUCGCUAUUUUUCAGAUGAAGAAGGGAACUUCUACCUCAGCUAUGUGGACCCGGUGGUCUUCGGUAGACAAGCUUUCCAUUCAACUAAUGAUUUCAUGUGUGGAGUUGCGGGCACCUUCAGAGACACACUGUGUGCGAUAGUGGACACCAUAUUGGAUACUAUAUUGGGUAUAAAUAAAGGAGAAGUUGACAUCAGCUACAUCGACCCGGUGGUCACAGGCCGAGGAUUCUUCAGUGUUACUAAUGACUUUAUAUGUGGAGUGGGGGGCUACAUCCAGGGUGUGUUCUGUGCCAUUUUGGACACAAUUUUGGAUGUAGUGAAAGGAACUGUAGAUCUUAGCUUCAUGGACCCUGUGUUGGUGGGCAGAAAUAUCUUCAGUGCUACAAAUGAAAGCGUUAAUGGUGUAGUGGGCUACAUCCAGGAGAUGCUUUGCACCAUCGUAGACAGUGUACUGGAUGUAACAAAAGGAACCACUGACCUUAGCUACAUUGACCCUGUGGUUAUUGGUAGAAAUGCCUUCAGUGUUGCUAAUGACAUUCUGAGUAAAAUAUCAGGAUACAUCCAGGAUGUGCUCGGUGCCAUCUUGGAUGUGAUACUGGACACAAUACAAGGCGUCCAGGAUGCUAUGGGAUUCAGCCCCAUGUCAGCUGUGAAGAGAACAGCAGAAAUCACCAAAGAGCAGAUAGAGAUGCUCGUGAACUACGUCUCCACAAUGAUGUUUGGUGACCAAGGGAUCCUUCCAGAAGUGUCCGUUGAUCCUAUGAAAGUCAUAGAAGAUGCUGUGUUGGAGUUCUCAGACAAGAAAGAAGUGUUUGUGGCUUACAUGUCAAGCAUGCUUGUUAGGGAUCAAGGUGAACCUGCUGCCACACCAGCUGUUAAAGAUGAAACUGUGUCUCCCCUCUCUGAUAUAACUCUGGUACAUAGGAAAGGAGAAUUUCUGCCACCUAUUGAGAAAGUUGCAGAGAUCAUGAAAGCUGCCAAAGAUGAAGCUGCUGCUGCUGCUGCUGCUGCUGCAGAGUUAGCUGAAGCCCAGGACUCACAGAUUGAAGAGGCUGAAGUUCCCACUGAAUCUGCCAGGGAAGCAGAUGGGAAAGAGGCAGAGGAAGAUGAUGUGAAACACGUCCACCUUGAAGAGACUGAACAUGAACCUUCUCCAGAAGAUGAGGCAGAAGAGGCUGAUGCUGAGGAAGAGGAGAUUAAAGCAGAGGAGGUUGUAGCACAUGAAGAGGAGGAGGAGGAGGAGGAGAUAAAAGAUGAUGAAGGUGUUGCUACAGAAGGGAAAGAGGAAUUAAAAACAGAGAUAGAAGAAGAAGAAGAAGAAAAAGAAGAAGAAGAGGUGGAGCCAAAAACUGAAGAAGAUGUGGAAGAAUUGAAGCCAGAGGAAGAGGAGACUGAAGCUCAAGAAGAAUCAGUCAAAGAAGUGGAGACCAAAACUGAAGAUUUGAUAGAGGAGGAGGAUGAGGAGGAUGAGGAGGAUGAGGAGGAUGAGGAGGAAACUCGAACAGAGGAAGAGGCAGUAACAGAAGAGGAGGAUACCAAAUCGGCAGAUCUUGAGGAAGAAAAGAAGGAAGAGGGGGAGGCAACAUCUGAAGAAGAUGCAGUAGAAGAGGAGGAAGAGGAGGAAGAGGAGAAGGAGACAGAAACUGAAGAAGUUGCUGUAGAAGAGGAGGAGGAAGAGGAGAAGGAGACAGAAACUGAAGAAGUUGUUGUAGAAGAGGAGGAGGAAGAGGAGAAGGAGACAGAAACUGAAGAAGUUGCUGUAGAAGAGGAGGAAGAGGAGGAAGAGGAGAAGGAGACAGAAACUGAAGAAGUUGCUGUAGAAGAGGAGGAGGAAGAGGAGAAGGAGACAGAAACUGAAGAAGUUGCUGUAGAAGAGGAGGAAGAGGAGGAAGAGGAGAAGGAGACAGAAACUGAAGAAGUUGCUGUAGAAGAGGAGGAAGAGGAGGAAGAGGAGAAGGAGACAGAAACUGAAGAAGUUGCUGUAGAAGAGGAGGAAGAGGAGGAGGAAACCGAAACUAAAGAAGAUGUAGUAGAGGAGGAGGAAGAGGAGGUGGAGAAGAAGGAAGCGGAGGAGGAGACAAAAACUGAAGAAGAUGCCGUAGAAGAGAAAGAGGAGGCAGAGGAAACCAAAACUGAAGAAGAUACAGUAAAAGUUGAGGAGGAAGAGGAGGAAGAUGAGACCAAACCUGAAGACAAAGCUGAAGAGGAGAAGAUGGAAGAUGAAGAUCUCCCUGUUGAUGAAGAAUCAGAUGAAGAAAAAACUGAAACGACCGAAACUCAUGUCCAAUAUGAGUUUGUCAAAACUGACCAGGACGAUCAAGCUCUAGAUCUGGACGAUGAUGAGGAUUUAGAAGAGGAGGAAGAAGAUCAACUGGACCAAGUGGAGAAGAUGGAGGUGGAAGAUGAAGAAAAAGAGACACCUGUCCAACAACUUGAUCUUGAAAUUCUAGCAACUGAAAAAGUUGAUAAUACCAGUGUAGUGCCUGAAUCUGAUGAUGAGGAAGAAGAAGACAUUAUCGAUGAAGACCAAGACGAAUACUCCGACAUCAUUGACGAUCAGGAUGAAAACAACAACAACAGUGAGAGUGGGAAAACUGAACUCAAACGUAGGAGGAAGGUUCAUAUUCCCUUUGAGAGGCUCCGAAGAGCCGGAUCCAAAGCGGCUCACAAAGAAGAACGCCUUGAAGAUGAGAAAGAACUCCCAGCCACCGAAACUGAUAAAGAGGAGAAAACAGUUGAGGAAGACAAACUUGAGGAAACUAUUGAGAUGAAACUAAAAGAAGAAAAGCCAAAGGAGGUGACCAAACCCCUUGAAAAGGAACCACCAACGCCCAAAGAAGAAGAGUCUAAAAAGGAGGAAGAACCUAAGAAACCAUCCAAAGAAGAGGGAGAAGUCAGGAGGCCUUCAGAGGAGAAGAAAGAAACACUAAAGCCUGAACAGAAGUCAUCAGUGACAAACCCCUCUGAAGAAAAAACAGAUGUGGAAACACCACCCAAAGAAGAAAAGGAAGUCAAGAAACUUCUCGAAGAAAAGAAGGAAGACAAGACAUCUCUUAAAUUAGAGAAAGAAGUCAAGAAACAUCUCAAAGAAGAGAAAGAUGAUGAGAAACAUCUCAAAGAAGAGAAAGAAGUCAUGAAACAUCUCAAAGAAGAUGUAGACGACAAGAAACCAUCCAAACAAGAGAAAGCCAAGAAACAUCCAGAAGAAGAUAAAGAAGCUAAGAAACCUCCAAAAGAAGUAAAAGAGGUCAUAAAACCUAUCAAAGACGACAAAGAAGUGAAGAAGCCACUCAAAAAAGACAAAGAAGUCAAGAAACAUCUGGCAGAAGAAAAAGAAGUCAAGACACCGUCUAAAGAAGACAAAGAAGUCAAGAAACAACUUAAAGAAGACAAAGAAGUCAAGAAACAACUUAAAGAAGAUAAAGAGGUCAAGAAACCAUCUAGAGACGACAAGACAUCUCUCAAAGAAGAGAGAGAAGUCAAGAAACCAUCUAGAGACGACAAGACAUCUCUCAAAGAAGAGAGAGAAGUCAAGAAACCAUCUAGAGAAGACAAGACAUCUCUCAAAGAAGAGAGAGAAGUCAAGAAACCAUCUAGAGAAGACAAGACAUCUCUCAAAGAAGACAAAGAAGUCAAGAAACCAUCUAGAGACGACAAGACAUCUCUCAAAGAAGAGAGAGAAGUCAAGAAACCAUCUAGAGAAGACAAGACAUCUCUCAAAGAAGACAAAGAAGUCAAGAAACCAUCUAGAGACGACAAGACAUCUCUCAAAGAAGAGAGAGAAGUCAAUAAACCAUCUAAGGAAGAGAGAGUAGUCACAAAGCCAUCUAAAGAAGAUAAAGAAGCAAAGAAAGCUCCCAAAGAAGACAAAGAGGCCAUACAACCUCUAAAAGAAGACAAAGAAGUCAAGAAGCAACCAAAAGAAGACAAAGAGUCCAAUAAAUCUCUCUCAGAAGAGAAAGACAUCAAGAAAAUGUCUAAAGAAGAAAAAAUAGUCGAUAAACCUAUUAAAGAAGGGAAAGAAGUUAAGAAACUAUCUAGAGAAGAAAAAGAAGUCAAUAAACCAUCCAAAGAAGACAAGGAAGUCAAGAAGCAACCAAAAGAAGACAAAGAGUCCAAGAAACUUCUCCAAGAAGACAAAGAAGUCAAUAAACCAUCCAAAGAAGACAAGGAAGUCAAGAAACAACCAAAAGAAGACAAAGAGUCCAAGAAACCUCUCAAAGAAGACAAGACAGUCACGAAACCAUCAAAAGAAGACAAGACAGUCACGAAACCAUCCAAAGAAGACAAGACAGUCACGAAACCAUCCAAAGAAGACAAGACAGUCACGAAACCAUCAAAAGAAGACAAGACAGUCACGAAACCAUCCAAAGAAGACAAGACAGUCACGAAACCUCUCAAAGAAGACAAGACAGUCACGAAACCAUCCAAAGAAGACAAGACAGUCACGAAACCAUCCAAAGAAGACAAGACAGUCACGAAACCAUCCAAAGAAGACAAGACAGUCACGAAACCAUCAAAAGAAGACAAGACAGUCACGAAACCAUCCAAAGAAGACAAGACAGUCAUGAAACCUCUCAAAGAAGACAAGACAGUCACGAAACCAUCAAAAGAAGACAAGACAGUCAUGAAACCAUCAAAAGAAGACAAGACAGUCACGAAACCAUCCAAAGAAGACAAGACAGUCACGAAACCAUCCAAAGAAGACAAGACAGUCAUGAAACCUCUCAAAGAAGACAAGACAGUCACGAAACCAUCAAAAGAAGACAAGACAGUCACGAAACCAUCCAAGGAAGACGAGAAAGUCAGUAAACCAUCCCGAGAGAAAAUAGAAGUCUGGAAACUUCUGAAAGAAAAGAAAGCAGAAACAAAACCAUCCAAAGAAGAGGAAAAGGUCAAGAAACCAUCUAAAGAGAAAGAAGUAAAACAAACCUCCAAAGAUGAGAAAGAAGCAGAAACACCUCUUAAAGACGAGAAAGCAUUUAAUAAAUCUAUUGCAGUAGGUAUAGCAUUCAAGAAACCAUCUAAGGCAGACGAGAAAGUUGGUAAGCUAUCCCGAGAAGAUAAAGAAGACAAGAAACCAUCCAAAAAAGUAAAAGAAACUGAGAAAUCAUCUAAAGAAGACAAGGAAGUGAGAAAACUGUCUAAAAAGGAGAAAGAAGCAGAAACACCUCUUAAAGACGAGAAAGCAUUUAAUACAUCUAUUGCAGUAGGUAUAGCAUUCAAGAAACCAUCUAAGGAAGACGAGAAAAUCGGUAAACCAUCCCGAGAGAAAAUAGAAGUCUGGAAACUUCUUAAAGAAAAGAAAGCAGAAACAAAACCAUCCAACGAAGAGAAGGAAGUCAAGGAAGCUUCUAAAGAGAAAGAAGUCAAGAAAAUACCUAAAGAAGACAAAGAGGUAAAGAAACCAUCUACAAAGAAGAUAGAAGUCACAAAGCCAUCCAAAGAACAGAAAGAGGAGAAGAAACCACUGAGAGAAGGAAGGGAAGAGAAGAAACAUCCUAAGGAAGAGAAAGCCAUGAAAAUAACUCUCAAAGAAGAGAAACGUUCUAAAGAAGAGACAGAAGUGAAGGAACCACCUAAAAAAGUAAAAGAGGUCAAAAAGCUUCUCAAAGACGAGAAGGAGGAACUAAGACCAAUGACUGCCAUAACUAAGCCUGCAAAAGAAGAACCAGAACAGAUCUCUAAGGAGUUGAAGGAGAAGGAAAAGGAAGCAAGUCCUUCCAAAGAAAGGGCAGUACCAAUGAAGCCCUCUGAAGAAAAACCUGAACCAGAGAAACCUUCUAAAGACGAAAAAGAGGUCAAGGUUAUUCUCACAGAAGAAAAGGAACCAAAGAAGAUCUCUAAGGAAGAAACAGAACCAACAAAGCCUUCUAAAAAAGAAAAGGAAACCAAGAGGCCACUUAGAGACAAAGAACCCAUCAAGAAGAGAGACACUAAGAAAGAUGCUGAACCCAAAAAGGCGGUAAGCGGGAUUAAAGUAGUCAAAAAGGAGGUUGCGUCUCUCUUGAAGAAGGAGCAUCUUAAUGUUACAAAAUCAGAGGUUCGUCAAGUACCUAAAGGAAAAUCCAAGCCAGAACCUGCAAAGAAAGCAGCAGCUCUUCCCAAGGAACCUAAGAAGGAACCAAAGGAACAAGUCAAACCUAAACCUGUAGAAAAAGAUGCUGAACCCAAAAAGGCGGUAAGCGGGAUUAAAGUAGUCAAAAAGGAGGUUGCGUCUCUCUUGAAGAAGGAGCAUCUUAAUGUUACAAAAGCAGACGCUGGACCCAAAAAGGCUGUAAGGGGGAUUCAAAUAGUCAAAAAGGAGGUUGCGUCUCUCUUGAAGAAGGAGCAUCUUAAUGUUACCAAAGCAGAGUUUCCAGAGGAACCCAAAGUGAAAGCCAAGCCAGAACCUGCAAAGAAAGCGUGUUGGUCUCAUGAUUUUCCAGCAGUGGCACCUCCCAAGGAACCUAAGAAGGAAUCAAAGGAAAAAGUCACACCUAAACCUGUAGAAAAAGAAGCUGAACCCAAAAAGGCAGAAAAGGUGACUAAAGUCAUCAAGAAAGAGGCUGCUCCUGUCCUGAAGAAGGAACAACUUGAUGUUACAAAAGCAGAAGUUGCUGAGGAACCUGAAUUGAAAGCCAAACCAGAACCUGCAAAGAAAGCAGUGGCACCUCCCAAGGAACCUAAGAAGGAACCAAAGGAAAAAGUCACACCUAAACCUGUAGAAAAAGAAGCUGAACCCAAAAAGGCAGAAAAGGUGACUAAAGUCAUCAAGAAAGAGGCUGCUCCUGUCCUGAAGAAGGAACGACUUGAUGUUACAAAAGCAGACGAUGAACCAAAAAAGGCAGAAAAGGUGACUAAAGUCAUCACGAAAGAGGCUGCUCCUGUCCUGAAGAAGGAACGACUUGAUGUUACAAAAGCAGAGGUUCCAGAGGAACCCAAAGUGAAAGCCAAAGCAGAACCUGCAAAGAAAGUGGCACCUCCCAAGGAACCUAAGAAGGAACCAAAGGAAAAAGUCACACCUAAACCUGUAGAAAAAGAAGCUGAACCCAAAAAGGCAGAAAAGGUGACUAAAGUUAUCAAGAAAGAGGCUGCUCCUGUCCUGAAGAAGGAACAAAUUGAUGUUACAAAAGCAGAAGUUGCUGAAGAACCUACAUUGAAAGCCAAGCCAGAACCUGCAAAGAAAGCAGCGGCACUUCCCAAGGAACCUAAGAAAGAACCAAAGGAACAAGUCAAACCUGUAGAAAAAGACGCUGGACCCAAAAAGGCAGAAAAGGUGACUAAAGAAGUCAAAAAAGAGGUUGCGUCUCUCUUGAAGAAGGAGCAUCUUAAUGUUACCAAAGCAGAGGUUCCAGAGGAACCCAAAGUGAGAGCAAAAACAGAACCUGCAAAGAAAGCAGUGGCACCUCCCAAGGAACCUAAGAAGGAACCAAAGGAAAAAGUCACACCUAAACCUGUAGAAAAAGAAGCUGAACUCAAAAAGGCAGAAAAGGUGACUAAAGUCAUCAAGAAAGAGGCUGCUCCUGUCCUGAAGAAGGAACAACUUGAUGUUACAAAAGCAGAAGUUGCUGAAGAACCUACAUUGAAAGCCAAGCCAGAACCUGCAAAGAAAGCAGCGGCACUUCCCAAGGAACCUAAGAAAGAACCAAAGGAACAAGUCAAACCUGUAGAAAAAGACGCUGGACCCAAAAAGGCAGAAAAGGUGACUAAAGAAGUCAAACAAGAGAAGGAGCAUCUUAAUGUUACCAAAGCAGAAGCUGAACCCAAAAAGGCAGAAAAGGUGACUAAAGUCAUCAAGAAAGAGGCUGCUCCUGUCCUGAAGAAGGAACAACUUGAUGUUACAAAAGCAGAAGUUGCUGAAGAACCUACAUUGAAAGCCAAGCCAGAACCUGCAAAGAAAGCAGCGGCCCUUCCCAAGGAACCUAAGAAAGAACCAAAGGAACAAGUCAAACCUGUAGAAAAAGACGCUGGACCCAAAAAGGCAGAAAAGGUGACUAAAGAAGUCAAACAAGAGAAGGAGCAUCUUAAUGUUACCAAAGCAGAGGUUCCAGAGGAACCCAAAGUGAGAGCAAAAACAGAACCUGCAAAGAAAGCAGUGGCACCUCCCAAAGAACCUAAGAAGGAACCAAAGGAAAAAGUCACACCUAAACCUGUAGAAAAAGAAGCUGAACCCAAAAAGGCAGAAAAGGUGACUAAAGUCAUCAAGAAAGAGGCUGCUCCUGUCCUGAAGAAGGAACAACUUGAUGUUACAAAAGCAGAAGUUGCUGAAGAACCUACAUUGAAAGCCAAGCCAGAACCUGCAAAGAAAGCAGCGGCACUUCCCAAGGAACCUAAGAAAGAACCAAAGGAACAAGUCAAACCUAAACCUGUAGAAAAAGACGCUGGACCCAAAAAGGCAGAAAAGGUGACUAAAGAAGUCAAACAAGAGAAGGAGCAUCUUAAUGUUACCAAAGCAGAGGUUCCAGAGGAACCCAAAGUGAGAGCAAAAACAGAACCUGCAAAGAAAGCAGCGGCUCUUCCCAAGGAACCUAAGAAGGAACCAAAGGAAAAAGUCAAACCUAAACCUGUAGAAAAAGAAGCUGAACUCAAAAAGGCAGAAAAGGUGACUAAAGUCGUCAAGAAAGAGGCUGCUCCUGUCCUGAAGAAGGAACAACUUGAUGUUACAAAAGCAGAAGCUGAACCCAAAAAGGCAGAAAAGGUGACUAAAGUCGUCAAGAAAGAGGCUGCUCCUGUCCUGAAGAAGGAACGACUUGAUGUUACAAAAGCAGAAGUUGCUGAAGAACCUACAUUGAAAGCCAAGCCAGAACCUUCAAAGAAAGCAGCGGCACUUCCCAAGGAACCUAAGAAGGAACCAAAGGAACAAGUCAAACCUAAACCUGUAGAAAAAGACGCUGGACCCAAAAAGGCUGUAAGGGGGAUUAAAGUAGUCAAAAAGGAGGUUGCGUCUCUCUUGAAGAAGGAGCAUCUUAAUGUUACCAAAGCAGCAGCGGCUCUUCCCAAGGAACCUAAGAAGGAGCCAAAGGAACAAGUCAAACCUAAACCUGUAGAAAAAGAAGCUGAACCAAAAAAGGCAGAAAAGGUGACUAAAGUCAUCAAGAAAGAGGCUGCUCCUGUCCUGAAGAAGGAACAACUUGAUGUUACAAAAGCAGCAGCGGCUCUUCCCAAGGAACCUAAGAAGGAGCCAAAGGAACAAGUCAAACCUAAACCUGUAGAAAAAGCUACCAAGGAGCCCAAGAAGGAACCAAAGGAAAAAGUCAAAUCUGUAUCUGUAAAACUAGAAGUGCCAAAGGAAAAGGCCAAAGCAGCUCCUGCUAGGAAAGAAGCUGUUGUUCCAAAAGAAAAGUCCAAACCAGUCAGCUUGAAAAAAGAACAAGAGGGCACUCCAAGAAAUGCCUCUCUGGUGAAACAGAGAGUCAAAAUAGUGCCUAUGAAAAAAGAAGUCAAGGCACCUAAAGAGAAAGUCAAGUCGGUCUCUCCAGUGACAGAAGCAGCGGUUUCAAAAGAGAAGCCCAAAUCAGCUCCUAAGAAGAAAGAACCUGCUCCACUUAAGACAAAAGCAGCCUCAGUGGUCAAAGUAGCAGAAGUAGCGCACAAAAAUGUCUCAAUAACAAAGGAGAAGGCAAAAGUGGUGCCGCUGAAGAAAGAAGUUGAGGUUCUCAAGGAGAAGAAGGCCAUGCCAGUGACCCCCACCACAGCACCUGCUAUCAAAGUAAAACCUGCAGAAAAGAAGAGAGAGCCCAAAGUGCCAGAGGACAAAGUGAAACCAGCUGUAAGAAAAGCAUUGUUGAGGAAAAGGGCCAAACCAGUCCAUGUAAAGAAAGAACUGGACAUAUCUAAAGAAAUGGACAAACUUGCUGAAUUGGAGAAAGCCAUUUCUAGGGAAAAGGCCAGAGCGCUGCGUUUGAGGAAAGAGCUUGACAUUUUAAAAGAGCAAGUCAAACCCAUCGCAACAGAGAAAGAAGACAGAGUUCGUAAAGAAAAACCAGAGCCUGUAGAGAAAGAAAAAACUGUAAAGAAGAAGGCCGCCAAAGAAGAGAAAGCUAAAGAGGACAGAGUUCUUAAAGAGAUACAGGAGCCGGCAAAGAAAGAAAAAGCUGCUGAGAAGAAAGUGGCUAAGGAGGAGAAAAUCAAAGCCGAGGCUUCUUUAUCGGACAGCUUUCAGAUGGAAGAAGAGCCCUACUUCCAGUGUUUCUUCGUGGACGAGGAAGAGGCCCAGUUUCCUUUCUACGCCUUCUCACCGAUGCAGAUUUGAUACUUCAGUCUGUAGCCAGUCUGAGGUUUACAAUUUAGUCAAUUUCACUGAUAACGACACGGACACCGUCACGCCCUGCCGGCGCUGCUGAAACGCAGACGGUUGCUCACUGCUGGUCUUCAGGAGAUAACCCUGGACUGCAGAGGAUGACGAGAGAUUUUAUAUGAUAGACCGAUUUUAUUUAACUUCCAGAUUUGGUUGAGCUCUCUUUCCAUGCAGCCAGUGUCAUUCCUUUCCAUUUUUAUUUCUAUUUAUUGAUUAUUUCUGUGUUUAAUUGUUUUGAAAGGUGGAUAUCAUGAUGGAACAAUAUAGUUUAUUACCUCUGUGGAUCAUUCAUUUAGAUCCUCACAGCAACACAAGCAAACUAAUACAAUUGUGCAUUUUUUUGAAGAAGGAACAUAGUGCUGUACACAGGGUACAAAAAGGCCACAGGAGCAUUUUCAUGGGUUCAAUUCCCACAUUUACUUGAAAAGUGGUUUGUACAGUUAUCAUGCAUUUUACGCACCGUCAUUGUCUUUUUCCUUCACUGCAUUGUAGAUGGCGAGUCUUUAAUGCUCACCUUUUUUGCCUUGAGGCCCUGGAACAAACAAUUGGCCAUUUGUGUUGUCUGUGCAUAAUUCCGCAAUUCAUUUUUUUCAGUUAUUUAAAAAAGAAAUGUAUUUUCUCACAUAUUCCUCUAUCUAAUGAAAGAAAGUUGUUUCUGUUUCUGUCUCCUAUGUCUACUAUGUGUCAAAAGGAAUGACCACACACUGUAUAUGAGAGCUCCCAAAUGUACUGAGGAAAAACUACCUACUAAGUCUUAUUAAACUACCACCAUGUGCACACAGCUCCUCAUUUUGACAUCUAAAAUCAAGCAAUGCAUAGCCUGCAGUGUCAGAGUUCAUAUCAAAGUAAAGCAUUCAUUCACUAGUUGGAUGUUAUGUUAGAAAGUUGUGUUUUUUCCAACUGCUUACUGUUCGAAUACUUAAUCUAAGGCAUUUUAAUUUAAAUAAUAUGUUUUACAAGCUGGAACAUUAUUAGUAGUGAACAUGUGAGGAUUUAUUUUGUCAGUCAAGAAGGAUGUGGCUAACAGCGAUUCCUUGAUAGACCAAAAACACACUGACCCUUGGUUCAGUGUCUGUGUGCACAACAUAGAAACAUGAUAUAUAUAUUUAGCAACCUUUGAACAGGUGCUUAUUAAACAUUAUGCUAGCAUGAUGGUUUAAAGUCUUUGAAAGUAUCAUCACAGUUUAUGUAUUUAACAUACAAUUAUAUGAUUGCAUAUCUGAUGCUGUUGCAUAUUAUAAUUUAUGAAUAUAUUGUGCAUGUGAUGUACAGUUUGGGUUAUGAUUUACGAUUGAUUUCAAGUCAUGUAUUAGAAAUAUCUGAAGAAGAAAAUUAUGACAAGACAGCUGCGAGACUCAGCUAUCCUCCAGGUUUAUUUGACAACCUGAAGGUGCUUGUUAAUGUGGUUACGAUGAAGUCUAGUGUAACAAAUUCAACAUUUACAUUUUUGAAAUCGUACGAUUGAGGCAGAUGGCGUCACAUGUUUGAGCAGUUGAUCUCAGAUGUAAACGGGUACAUUGUUUUUCAGCGUGCACCAGAUGUUGUUUACAUACGGCUCGUUCAAUAUGCCGUCAUCACAGUUUGUGGCGUUAAUCCCAAGUUGAAUCAAACGUAAAUGUAAUUAUUUUUUAUUUAUUAGAAUAAACCGUCUCUAUUGUGGUGCACCCUCUGCAGUUCACAGUGAGCUCAGACUCCAGUAACUGUACUGUAACAGCUGGAGUUUCAUGGUGAUGAUUAUCUGAUGUUUUAGAUUUAGACUUUGUUACCAGAGUGUACUGUCUUUGAAUAUGUAUUUUUUAGGUGAUAAAGUUACUAUUGUAAAAAAAAAAAGACGUUUGAUUUAGGGUGAAAAAAAGAUGAAUAUUUGUUUCAAUCUUUUGACUGAAUUGCAUUUGAAGACUCUGUUAAACCAAGAAAAUGUGCAAUACAUACAUUGUUAAAGAUCUCAUUGAUCAAAGCACCGUCUGUUUGUCUGAUUGAAUGAAAUGUGCAUGAUGGGUUUUUUUCAUGCUCAUGAAUGUUUGGUGGUAUUUUUUCCCAGAUUUGAGAACAUUUGAACUCUAGUAUCAUUUGAUACCAAUUACUGACAUGUGUCUCUCAGUUGUGAUGCUAAAAAGGUACCUUACAUAUAUAUUGAAAACAAUCUAAUUGUAAAUAGUAAAAUGAAUGGAAAAUUACAUCGUCCUUAUGCUUGUGAAUUGUACCAAUUUGACAUUAAAUCCUUGCAAUAAAAAA